GACUCCUCCACGGACACCGCGCGGCUGAGCUUCCACUGCGCCACCCCGGGCAGCGGCACGCCGCACCGGCCGCCCGGGCGGCCGGCCGCGGCGGCGGCGGCGGGCGCGCCCCACGCGCCGCCGCGCGCGGCGGCGGGCUCCUGCGGCAGCCUACCGGGGCCGCCGUCGUCUCCCCGGACCGUGGCCAGCGGCCAGGACACGCCCAGCGGCCAGCCCCACGAACCUUCGGCGGCCUCGACCGGCGCCACGCCCUCCUUCCCCUCCGAGUCGCUCCGGGACCGCGACCGCGACAAGGGCUCAAAGUUCGUGUGCGUGAACGGGGUGUCCUACGUGCAGCUCCGCACCAUCGGGAGGGGCGGGAGCUCGAAGGUGUACCUGGUCCAGGGCCCAGCUGGCGAGACCCUGGCGCUGAAGCGGGUGGCCACGGACAGCGCGACGCAGCUGGAGGCCUUCCUCAAUGAGGUGACCCUGCUGAGACAGCUGAGCCAAUACCACGACCGAGUGAUUCAGGUUAUCCAGCC